UGUUAAACAGCUGUCACUAUCGCAUUUUUCCUGCUACAAAUAAUAGGCAUACGCAAUUUCCAAAUAUGACAACUCCAAAGACUAACAAACAAACACAAAAAAAACAAUUCCAAAUAUUAGUGGACUUCAUGACCACCCAUCCGGAUUUGGCAAAGGGCCUAAUGAAGACGCCCAACGCAAAAAUAAGAGUCGACCAUUUAUGGAAGAGAGUAACUUCCGAACUAAAUGCUGCUGGACCACCGAUGCGUGAUAUGGCCGGCUGGAGAAAAGUUUGGGCUGACUACAAACUUCAUUUGAAGGCCAAAAUGCGUCGGAACAGAACCAACAUUGCCGGUACAGGGGGCGGUCCGUCCGUUUAUUCCUCACUGAACGAAUUAGAGCAGCGAGUAAGCGAGUUGCUUUCCAUAAAUAAAGCUGUGGGCGGGAUAGGUAGCACGCGGGAGUUUGGUGCGCGUCAGACGGAUGUACCAACUACAAGUUUAGGAGCAUUUUUGAAUGAUAGCAAUUUAGUCGAUAUGCCCGAAGGGGAGAAUGACAGCGAUUCAGUCGAUGUGCCCGAACAGGUGACUGAGAAACCUUCCUGCAGCCGUUCGGUACUCACUCCACGCAAUAAGCAAAGCUUACUAGAAAAGCAGGUGGAUAAUCAAAUUAUGUACCAAAAAAAUUCAACAGAAAUACUGACUGAGAUUAAUGAUUCCUUAAAAAAUAUUUCCAAAACCAUGGAAAGGACAUAUAAAAUGGUAUAUAAAAUAGAAAAACAAAAGCUAAAAUUAGCAAAAGAGCAGUUCGUCCAUAGUCGAAAAAUGGACUGUGAUAAUUUUAAGUUAAAACUUAGCAAAUUAGAAAUUCAAAAACAAAUGUUGGAGUUGCAGACAAAUAAGACACAUGAGAAACAUGGAACUUCCUUUUAAUUUUUUACUUAUGUACGUAUGUACCUGCACAUACAAGUGAAUUAAUUUUUAUUUUUAUUUUGUUUAGAGAA